AUGCUUCACAAAAAGUUAGGUGUUUUAAAAUGGAUUUCCCUUCUCCUCCUUAUGCUUGGAGUUACUUUAGUUCAGGUGAGAUUGUAUUUUGGGAUACUCAAGGAUCAAUGCUAAUGGCACAAGAUUUUCAUGGCUUAUUUUGUACUGAUUUUAUUUUGUGAUAUCAUCAAUAUCCCAGAUAUCUUAAUACAGAGUGGUGAGUGAAAUAUUGCCACGUGGCCCCAUGUGUGCCUAUUACAUGCAUGCAGGGCUAAGCUUCACUCUUAACCUUUUAACUCCUAAGAGUGACCAAGACAAAAUUUCUCCUUACUAUAUCGAUACAAUAUCAUGCAGACAAUUGAUGAGAAUAAAAGAAAAUAUCCAUUAUGGAAUUACUUAUUGAUCCCAUACCAAAUUCUCCAAACGAACAUAAUGAGAAUCAUUUGGUAGACAGUAAGGAGAAUUAUCCCUCCCCUCCCUAUCCUAGGCAUUUUUUUUUCAUCUUCCCUCAACAGUUCUCUGAUAAUGAUUCACACUCUGGAAAGGGGAGAGGUGUUGUAAGGGAAAAAAUCUUGUCCAGAAAUGCAACACACUACUUCUAUUGGGGCCACAUCCAAGACCUCUAUCAAUUUGGUAUUAAUUUCACCAACCAGUAGUUCACAAUAUUCUGAUUAUCGCCUCCUUAGUUUCGUUGUUUUACUCACUCUGCUCUUACCCUCAGAGAUUUUUUACCAAUUUGAUACAGCAGUUUAAACACUUCAUCUGAAUGUUUAGGUCUUGCUUGCCAUUAACCCUUUAACUCCUAUGAAUGACCAAGACAUAAUUACAAUAUCAUUACAAUAUCAAUAUCAAUAUCGUUACAAUAUCAAUACAAUAUCAACCCGACAAGAGAUAUGAAUAAAGAAAAAUAUCAAUUUGGGAAUAAUUAGUUGAUCCAAUACUAAGUUCUCUGAACUAAUAUCAUAUGAAUUGUAUGAUUGACAAUAAGGAGAAUUAUAAAUUUGAUCUGAUUAUUAAAGGGUUAAAUAUACCUUUCAAUAUGCUACUCUUACUCUGAAUAUUCUUUGCUAUUCACCUUUGAACAAUUGCACCAGAAUAUAUUGUUAUCAUCCUAGGAAUUAAAGAGUGAAAAUCAUCUUUUUGUGCUAUAUUAUUUCACUUUUUUUGUGUAUACUGCAACUAUUCACUUCAGUGUCAAUGGCCAGCAAUGGAUAGUUACCCCACAGCUUUGGUCUUCUGUAGGUAUCUACCACAAGCCACUCCUUAAUUAUCCCUUUCUUUGACUUUUUGUGUAUUUGUUUUUCUUGUUAAUAGUGGCAUCCAGAUAAAGGUGAAGAAUCCCCUACAAAGGAUACUUCAGUAUCACGAAAAUUUAUAGGACUUAUAGCUGUUCUCACAGCCUGUUGUUCCAGUGGAUUUGCUGGGGUCUAUUUUGAAAAGAUUUUAAAAGGAACUUAG